AUGGACGAGAACAAAGAUUGGUUAGCACUUCGUUUCUUUGUUAGUAAAACAAACAAUGUCAUUUUAGCUGAACGGCUGUUUUGUAUAGUUUUGAAUAUGAUUUUUUAUAAAUUAUGUGAAUUUAAGGUAUCAAAGUGAAGAAAAGAAGAUUUUAUGAUAAUGAAUGUAAUUUUAAACUAGUUUUUUAAGCUUUUAGUGUUAGUACUACGAUGAGUAAUGCUUACGAAAUCAAAAUUUUAAUUUUUUAAAAAGAAAAUGAUGUAUUACAUUGUCUUUAAGCAUUAGACUUUAAAAAAGUAGGUCAUUCAGUACCUUAAACCAAUGUUUUAAUCUUUCUAACCUUUAAAACGCUACAAAUUUUAGGGAAAACGGCAGAGGACUUCCUCGUUCCUUCGCGGACGAUCCCUUCUUCCAACAACAUCAUCGUCAUCCGAGUGGAGAGUUCUUCAGGGAUUUCCCUCAGAAUCCCGGCCCAACUCGCCGAUUCGGCUCCAACCCUCGACUUUUCCCAGAACCCAACGACAGAUUCUUCGAUGACUUCGACAACAACUACGGUUCCCUUCCGCGACGAUCUCCACGCCCUCCAAGUGUAGCUUCAGAGCGCACGAUACCUGUGAAUCGACCAGGCAACCUUCCACAUGGCCCUACUCAACGAGGACCAUCCCCAAACCUAUGGAAAGACGAAGCUAUCCCAGCUCCUGCUCCACCCCCAAAACCUCAGCAAGCUACGCCACCUCAGAAGACUCAGGCCACAGCUAGAGCUCCCUCACCUCAACCUCAGGUUCACGUGAUCAACGUUCAUCCUUCGAAGCCAGAAGGCAUAGUGGAGAUCAACAAUACCGGUACUUCUAGCUACACAAAUGGAGCCUUGAACCCGGACAGAACUAAAAUGGAGAAUAUUAAUGUAGAGAAAGUGAAGCCAGUUGAGAAAGCAGAGAAAGAAGAGAUAGUGGAGAAGAAGAGUGAGCCAGAGAAGCCAGAAGAAAAGGCUGCAGAAGCUGUGGUUCCGGAUCCGGAACCAGCUAAAGAACCGGUAAAGGAAGUCAGAGAAAAACCGAAAUUCAGCCGAAAAACCUCGGUCGACGGAUGUUCGGAGAAACUCUACAGUCUUUUGGACGAUACUGAGAUCAGGGUCGAGAAGUUGCGGUAAGCUUUGAUAUCUAAAUUUAAACAGCAAAUAGUUCUAGCCAAUUGAAUAUAUUUUCUUAAAAAUAUUCAUUUCGAGAUCAGAAAAUUGCCGAAAAAUAAAUUUUGGUUUGAGGCGACAAGUUAUACGACGAAUAAAAUAUCUUUUUUUUCAGAGAAACAGCAGCUCAAUUAGAAGCCGAAAAAGAAUCCUUGUUGGAGAUCAUCAAUAGCCUCAAGGUCAACACCGAGAUUCUGAAGUUAGACGAAAGUAAGUUUCCGUUUUCUUUUGUUUUGUUUACUUUAGGUAACCAGGAAGACAUCAACCUUAACCUGUUCAUACUUAUUGUUUUACCAACUUUUAAGACUACGUGUUUCAUUGUUCUGCAAAGAUAAAGAAGAUUUUUCACUAACAUGUACAUUUAUUAAUUUUUUAGAUGAUCAAGAAGAUAUCAACGCCACCACCGAACGUAUCUUGAAGAGAUGUCGAGCUGUAGAUGUUGUAGUUAACACUCCACGAAACGAGGAACAAACUCGAGCUCUGGAAGAGGUUAACAAGCUGAUUGCUGGAGUUGUAGACAAAAUGAACGAGAACUUGGCUUUUAGCAAAGAUGUAGGUAUACUUUUUGUGAUUUUGUUAAAAUACGACAUUCCCCCAUUAGUCUAGAAUAAUGCCAAUUUUUAAAUAAUUUUAAAUAAAAUAUUGUUGUUUUACUCAAUAUUAUUUUAUCAUUUUUAGGCAAUUGAACGGUUCCUGAACGCUUGCUCUCCAGAUGAGCCAAACGGGCCAAUCGACCAGAAGUUCCAGUCGAAGGUAGUCGAAUGCACGGCCGAUGAUCAGAAGAAGAUACGACGACGUUUGGCCCAACUUAUCAGUAAAAUCGACCGCGCAGAGCGAACGGUCGCUGUAGAGCAGUGA